UCAUCAUUUACUUUCCAUCUUCUUCACUAUAUAAAUACCACUUCUCCUCGCCACAACAAAACAAACCCAAAAUAAUAAAAUAAAAUUAGAAAAGAAAAUGCAGAAAGAAGAACGCGAAGAGAGUGUGGACUCGUUGGUGUGUCCAAGCUUCAGCGCCUAUUCCUCCGACGCGCUCCACCGCGUCGCGGAUCAGGUCACACGAAACGACGACCGUUUCAGCCAAAACGACGAUGACGACGACUUCGAGUUCGUCGCGUUCGGCAAGGUCGCCGAAGGCGUAUUCCUCGACGCCGCGAGUCCGGCGUUUCCGAUCUUCGACCGCGACCUCGCCGCGCCGGAAGGCGACGGAGGACGGCGGAGCUCCGGCGAGGAGGCGAUUCAGAUCACGCUCGGGAAGCUGCUGAUGGACGACUCGCCGUCGUGCUCGUCGUCGGAGGUGGAGGACGAGCUGGAGAAUGUUCCGCCGGGGACGUACUGCGUGUGGAAGCCUAAGGCGACGGCGGCGUUGCCGUGCCGGAAGAGCAAAUCGACGGGAUCUUCGUCGUCGAGGCGGUGGAAGCUUCUGGAUUUGCUUCGGAGGAGCAACAGCGAGGGGAAGGAGUCGGUUGUGUUUCUGACGCCGUCGGCGAAGAAGAAGGACGGCGGCGGGAAGAAAGUAGCGGCGAGUGGCGGCGGCGAGAGGAAGUUGACGGCGGCGGUGUCGGCGCACGAGGCGCUUUACGUUCGGAACAGAGAGAUGCGGAGAGAGGAUAAGAGAAGAUCGUAUUUGCCGUAUCGACAGGAUUUGGUUGGUUUCUGCGUUAAUCUCAACGCCAUGGGCAAAGCCUUUCCUCUUCAUUUUUGACCUUCGCUUAUAGUAAUUUUUCUUUAUUAUUAUUAUUAUUAUUAUUAUUAUUAUUAUUAUGAUGAUGAUGAUGAAUUGUUAUUGGUGUUACUUAAUUAGUGUUAUACUCAUAUAUACAUUUAGUUGAAAAGCUAGGAUAGGGAAAUGAUGAAAUUGAAGGUUUGUGUUUGUUUUGGUUUUAGCUUUUACUGUUAAAGAAGUGUCACCUUGUAUAUAAUAUAAAAGUCAUUAGCAAGUUA